UUUACUCGAGAAAAUUUCGUUAAUUGGUGCGAAGUAUAGUAUUUGUAAUGCUUUUAAAAGCAAUAUAUUUUUAAAAAUACUACUUGAAAUUAAACUAAAAGUGUUGCAAACUUUUCUAGAAAGUUCAAUUCUCAUAUUGAAAUAAUCUUGAAUGAUCAAAGAAUACUUUUAAGCAUCGAAAAAGCAUCAUAAAAAACGGAGCUCAUUAAGAAUUUGGAUUUCCGUCUGUCGUGUGAAGGACGAGCAAAAUCCGAGACAAAACAACGUCAGUGGUUAGCAGAGACUUGAGCAAAAUUUUCUCUUGCUUUAAUUACUAAAUAACAUUCGAUCGGAUUUUAGAGAAUGUCUGGCAGUGAGGAUGGACAACUUCAAAGUCCUGGCUAUGAUAAUUAUGUCUUAAGCGGUGAGGAGGAUGCAGACUCAUUGGACAUUAAACCACCUCAAGCGAACGUAAUACACCCACGUGAUUCCAGUGGUUCGAGGCGCAAGGAAAAGUCAUCCAAGGAGAAGAAACAUUCCAAAGAGAAGAAACAUCGCGGCGAAAGAGAACGGCUCGCCGCCCGUGAACGCGAGCCACGCGAGUAUGACAUACGAGAACCCCAUGGCAGGGAGCGCGAUAUGCGCAACGAUCGCGGCGGCGGAUUACGACCAGAGGAUAUGGAGCGCGGUCGAGAUCACCGACGAGGCGGCGGCGGCGGCGGCGGCAGCGGCGGCGAGCGUGAUGAAAUAUUACGUUAUCAUCAACGAGGUAGCGGCUAUGAACGCGAAGACGAACGUCGCUAUGCAAAGCACUAUGAACCACAUAACAAUGAAAUGCGUCGGAAUAGUGGUGGUAAUGGUGGUGGUUAUCAUCAACCAUAUCAGCAUCCACAUAUGCCACGUCAGAGGCAGCAGGAAUACUUUGAGCGCCCAUCUGGUGGCGGUGGUUACCAUCAUGGCAGUGCGGAAUAUUACAAUAAUCGACACCAACCACAACAGCAACAAUAUGGUGGCAGUGUUAAGCACUCUCAUGUGGAGUACAAUGACGUCAGUUAUGAGAUGCAGCGGGAGCGUCGGAAAUAUAAUUACGAUACGCAGAAUGAUUCUGAGAGUAUCGAACAAGAUUUGCGUUCUCGUUUGCUUAGUAAGAGGCACAAGUACGUUAAGGGCAGUAGCGGCGAAGUCAUCGAGCUGACGGAGAGCUAUGAAUCCACUUCGAAGAUACAACGCCAACGGUAUGUCGAUGGGGAGCGCAGUGAACGUUAUCGUCAUAAACGUGAGAAGGCGCGUGAGUCCGUCAUUGAGGUGCUUGACAGUCCGGAAGUUGCUGAAUUGGAAAACGCUACCGCAGAGGAAGAAGAUACGCACCGACAGAGGCGUAAACAUAAGCGCCGUAAUAAAGAGCGUGAAGUGGCGGUGCAACAGGAAAUUGUUGUGACGACGGAACGUGUAGAACGAGUCGAAAAGCGUAAAACACCCGACGACCCGGAGGUGUUGUCACGUCGAGAAAAGAUUUUGGCCAUAGAUCGGGAGAAGGAAAAGCGUAAAGAGCAGGCGCGUGAGGAACUGGAGGCACGACGACGCGCCAGAAAUGCACUCAGUCCAAGCGCAGUGGCAGCUUCCGUAACAGCUGGGCUAAACGUUAUGAAGCGCAAGAAAGAGGUUGAGGAGGUGGUUGCGAUAAAGAAGAAACGAUCAAAGAAGGUGAAGGCAUCAAAAGAGCACAGUGAUGAGGAAGAGGGGGAGGCGCCGGACAGCGAUGAUGAAGAUAAUGAUUUGGAUGAAAGCGAGGACGAGGAAACAGAUAGCGGUAGUGGUGAUAGUGAAAGUGACAGCGAGAACCAUUCUGAAAUGGAAGAUGCUGGCAUCCGUCAUGAAAAGCGCCAUCAUAAGCAUAGUAAAACAGAUCGGAAAAAGAAAAAGAAGAAACACCGUUCACAUAAGGCUCGGGAUAAUGGUGCUGAGGUUAACGAACGUGACGAAGACGAUAACGAUGAUCUCGAUGAUGAUGACUAUGAGGAAGAUGAUGAUUUGGACCUACCAGAAAGUCCGCUCUCCAUAGGUGAACUUUCUAAAUCACCACAGCGUGAGCAUCGUAUAAAAAAGCACAAGAAAAAGAAGAGCAAAAAACAUGUAGAGAACAAUGACGAAGAUGACGUUGAACAGCGUUCCAUGCGUUCACGUUCACGAUCCGCCCAUUCGCUAUCCCACUCUCGAUCACUUUCACGCUCCCGUUCUAAUGAGUCACCUCAGAAGAGCUCAGUCAGUUCUCGUUCGCGUUCCCGUUCAGGUUCCGGUGGCUCUUCACAUCGUCGUACAACGCGGUCACGUUCACAUUCGAGAACACAUUCGCGCUCACGCUCCAAUUCCCAUUUUGAUUCACGCUCAGAAUCCUCGCGCUCGCGUUCAAGGUCAUCCGGUUCACGCUCACGCUCCAGAACGCGCUCACGUUCGCGUUCAGAAGAGCGCGACAUGAAGUCUGCGCACAAAUCAGAUGCAGAAGCCACAGCGGCAGGAAGUAGGCGUCAGGCGGAAGCCGGUAGUCGUAAUGAUUCUCCUGCGCGCGAUGCUAAAGGCGCACCACUGCCAGACUACUUUCCAGGCAUACAAGGCUGCCGCUCUGUCGAAGAGUUUCAGUGUCUGAAUCGUAUUGAAGAGGGCACCUAUGGUGUGGUAUAUCGCGCCAAAGACAAACGUACCAACGAGAUAGUGGCACUGAAGCGCCUCAAAAUGGAAAAGGAGAAGGAAGGCUUUCCUAUAACCUCUUUACGUGAAAUCAAUACACUGCUUAAGGGCCAGCAUCCGAACAUUGUAACGGUGCGUGAAAUAGUUGUGGGCUCCAACAUGGAUAAAAUUUUCAUUGUUAUGGAUUAUGUGGAACAUGAUCUGAAAUCGUUGAUGGAGACGAUGAAGGCGCGUAAACAAUUCUUCCUGCCAGGUGAAGUCAAAUGUCUGGGACAACAGCUGUUGCGAGCGGUCGGACAUUUGCAUGAUAAUUGGAUUUUACAUCGCGAUUUAAAAACAUCCAAUUUGCUACUCUCGCACAAAGGCAUACUGAAAGUGGGUGAUUUCGGUUUGGCUCGAGAAUAUGGUUCGCCGCUAAAAAAUUACACAUCACUGGUUGUAACGCUAUGGUAUCGUGCACCCGAAUUGCUGCUCGGCACACCCGAAUACUCAACUCCCAUUGACAUCUGGUCGGUGGGUUGCAUUUUUGGCGAGUUCCUACAAAUGGCGCCGCUCUUUCCGGGCAAGACGGAAACAGAUGAGCUGAAUAAAAUAUUUAAGGAACUCGGCACACCAAACGAACGCAUUUGGCCCGGUUACAAGGAUUUACCCAUCGUCAAGAAUAUGUUAAGUCAAAAUUCACAGUUCGCCGAUUAUCCCGUUUCAAAUUUACGUAGGCGUUUCGCCGACAAAACCACCGAUUUGGGCAUUGAAAUGCUACAGGGCCUACUCACCUAUGAUCCCAAGAAAAGACUGACCGCUGAAGCGGCGCUUAAACACAGCUACUUCACCGAACUGCCACUGCCCAUCGAUCCAUCCAUGUUCCCCACUUGGCCGGCGAAAAGUGAAUUGGGCGCACGCAAAGCGCUCGCCUCAUCACCCAAACCGCCCUCUGGCGGCUCACAGUUUAAGCAGUUGGGUCGCGACGAGAUUAUUGUGGGCAGUAGUGGCGGCGGUAGCACGGCGGCUAGUAUUGCUGCAAACAACAGUAAAGUUAUAUCCGGUAUCAUAACGGGUAAUAAGAAAACCGCUUCUAACACCGGUUUUGUACUCAAUGCAGGCAUGGAUCAACGUCAACUGGCCAUGGGCCCUGGAUUCAAUUUGAAAUUUUAACCAGAAAGACAAUGGAAAAACUGCAACACACAUAAAUUACUCUUAGAGCCACCAUUUCAGUGUGUAUGGGUGGAAAUUAGGAUACCACUUCUUUUACAAAUAUUUUUUUAAUCAUUAAAGAUUUGUUCUAGUUAACCAUGAGCGCAAGCCCAUACUAAUUUUGCUAAAUUAUCACAUACAUAUAGCUCGUAAGCUACAGUCCAGAAGAAUUGUAAAAACCGUCAUUUGUUUUGAAUGUCCAUUGGUCACUCAAACCAAACAAUUUUACCAACCAAAAUACUAAGGAAUCCUUGAGAGCUUAAUAUUUAAUACAAUUACCAUUACCAUUAAAUAGGGAUUAUAAUAAAAUUAAAAAAUUAGAUAAAAAUGUACAAAUUACCCUCAUGCAUUGGCUGGCGUAGUCAUAUAAAGCGGUAAAAUUCAUCAUCAAAAGUAAAUGGCAUACAAAUAUAAAUACAACUUGUAUACAUAUGUAUAUCUACAGGUGGAUUUGUUCAAAUUUCAAAUUUGUGAUUUUCAAUUGGCGGUAAUCAUUCAAAAAUUAACCCAAUUCAAAAAUAAUUCAAUAGAAUAUAACUGUAAUUUUGGUAGAAUUAAGUGACUUUUGAAACAUAAAAAUGUUCUAGAUUUAUUAAGUACUUAGCUGCAGAGAGAAUGUAUUUAAAGAAGAGUGUUUAUAAGAAUGAAGACGCCUUUUGGUGGAAAAAGACCAAUAAGAGAAUACAAGCAUAUAAUUUUGAAACAAAAAA